AUGAGCGGUCCUUUCGUCUAUGUGCCCCCGGUUAAUCCAGUCAACUAUCCUCCAUCCCCAGUUCACUACCACAAUAGUCCUUACCUUGCCUCGUUUUACACCGACCCAAACUCCCCGUUUAUCCCACCCUUAUCUCUCAGUGGAAAUGCCUCCCCAUAUCAGUCACCAAACACGCUCAAUUCUCCACUACCUACCGUUCUUACACCCAAUGCUGUUCCAUUUCCCGCAUCGUCAUCCGGUUCAGCAUUUGCGCCAGAAAACCCUUGGAAUAGAGAACGUAGGGUAUCGUGGAAUGGCAGUGUCGCCGCACCCACCGUGCCAAAUUCGAGUUGGCUGCAGCCUCCCAUGUACCAUUACCGGAGGCGGUCAGAUGCAGCCGCUUUUCCUUUUCAGCAACCUGUAGACUGGACUUCCCUUUCUCCGUAUGCUCCAUACAGGACUGAGCUUGUGCAGCAGUCUUUCAUCCACCCGCUGCUCAAUGCCGAGGACCGUAGGAACGACCUUAUUCUUGACAUGUCCUGUCCGUCCUUUGCGCCAAUGAGAAAUAUAGGGAACAACCAAACAGCACCCAUAACUCCCGAAGAAUUGAACCAGCUUGCCUUUUAUCCACAGGCGUACGGCGCCCAUAUUUAUUGCGAAUUAAUCCCCGAUCUACCUAUUGAUAUCAGAUACAGACCCCUUCCCGGCUACUCACCGAUUGCACCCCCACUUAAGGUUGGAGAUAUUUUGGCCGCAAUAUGGAAUGACAUGCAACUUGGGAUAUCGCAAGAAAUGUGGGCGAGUUUAGAUGAAAACCGUGAGCUUAUGAUUUCUCGGGCAUAUACGAAAAGAUGUAAGAUAUGGGCGUCGAGAGGAUUCCCGUCAAUGCGCAAUGCAGGUGUGAAGAAAGUCGAUUGUCUACUAGGGAAAGUGUUUUUCAGGGGCCUGGUACCAACUGGGGACGAGGCUAACACUUUGAGGAUGAUUGUUGCUAUGUGUGGAAUUUUCGCAGUUCAUGGUCUUGAAAAGCCUGCCAACGACAGAGCUCGUUUCAUCGCUUGUUCUAAGAAACAGCGCCACCGUGGGCCUGAUUGGUCGGGUUGCUACGUCGGGCAGCAGUCGGUCUUAGUUCAUGAGCGCCUUGCUAUUGUCGGUGUUGACACCGGAGCGCAGCCGUUGAUCAGUGAGGACGGAAAGAUCAUCCUCGCUGUUAAUGGAGAAAUCUACAACUACAUUGCUCUUCGCAACAGCGUUGGCCCUGAUGUUAAAUUCAAGACGCAUUCUGACUGCGAAGUUAUUAUCCCCCUGUAUCGCAAACAUGGUAAAGAAUUGUGCAACAUGCUCGAUGGCAUGUUCUCGUUUGUUCUCCUGGACGAAUCCGUCACCCCUUCACGUAUCAUUGCUGCUCGUGAUCCUAUUGGGAUUACUACCCUUUACCAAGGCUGGAGUUCGAAGCGUCCAGGAGCUGUAUUCUUCUCUUCAGAACUCAAAGCUCUCGCCGAGGAAUGCGAUAAGAUUAUCUCAUUCCCACCUGGCCACGUUUACGACAGCCAGGAUGACUCUACCACUCGUUACUUCCAACCUACCUGGUGGGGCGGAGAUGUCGAAGGACCGAACGCCUCCAUUCCUACAUCGCCUGCUGACUUGACCCAAAUCCGUGAGACCCUCGAAGCUGCCGUAAGGAAGCGCCUAAUGUCGGAGGUGCCCUAUGGUGUUCUUCUUAGUGGUGGACUGGACAGCAGCUUGAUUGCAGCCAUUGCCGCAAGAGAGACAGAGAAAGUUGCCCAGGCGCAAUAUGAAAUUCGCAAGCGUAAGCUGCAAGAAGCCACCAGCGGACCUGCAACCCCUACAGGUCAAUUGAUCAACGAGGAAGCCACCCUCGCUGCAUGGCCCCAACUGCACUCCUUCUCAAUCGGUCUUGAGAACUCUCCCGAUCUUCUUGCGGCCAGGAAAGCUGCACACUUCUUGGGUACCGUACACCAUGAAUACGUUUUCACCGUUCAGGAAGGUUUGGAUGCUAUCCCUGAGGUCAUUUACCAUCUUGAGACGUACGAUGUCACCACCGUUCGCGCCAGUACCCCCAUGUACCUCCUCAGCCGUAAGAUCAAGGCUAUGGGAGUCAAAAUGGUUCUCAGUGGCGAAGGAAGUGACGAAAUUUUUGGAGGAUACCUGUACUUCCAUGCCGCUCCUGACCCCGAUUCCUUCCACCAAGAAUGUGUGCGUCGUGUGAAGAACCUACACACUUCUGAUUGUCUUCGUGCCAACAAGUCAACGAUGGCAUGGGGCUUGGAGGCACGCGUUCCCUUCCUUGAUAAGGCAUUCUUGGAAGUCGCUAUGAACGUCGAUCCCAAGCAGAAGACGUUCAGUAAGGGCUCGAGCCAAGAAGUUGACGAAGAUGGCUGCCCCAAGAUGGAGAAGUACAUUUUGAGAAAAGCAUUCGAUUGCUCCCCCGAUGGCAAGCCCUAUCUUCCCAAGUCGAUCCUAUGGCGUCAAAAAGAGCAGUUCUCAGACGGAGUCGGUUAUUCAUGGAUUGAUGGCAUGAAAGAGCAUGCUAGUCAGACCGUGUCCGAUGAAGCCUUUGCCAAACGAGCGGAGCGAUGGUCUACCGACGUUCCCGAAACCAAAGAGGCUUACCUUAUUCGCGAAAUUUUCGAUGGAUUGUUCCCUACAGAAGCGGCUGCCAGUACCGCUGUCCGGUGGAUACCUCGAGGAGACUGGGGAUGUGCUUCAGAUCCCAGUGGCCGUAGCGUCAGCAUACACAACGCAGCGUACGGAACAGAUUAA